CUCUAACGGAAGUUGACUUUCUGGACGUGGCAAUCACUUCGUGUAAACUAAAAUCAACUUUUUAGAACCUGUCAAUUAUUACAUUGGAUAAACAGUAAUUUAUACUAUAAAAGUACCGAGGAUAUAUCAAUUGAUGAUUAAACAAGUAUAACUGAAGAAUGUCGGCACCACAGUUUCCCGGCCAGUAUGGUCAGGGCCCGCCAGCCAGCUACGGUAACCCUCCAGUGUCGCAGCCACCUGGCAUGUACAAUGGCCAACCUGUACAGGGUGGACAGUAUGGAGAACCAAUGAAGCAGCCAGUUCAGAAUGGACCACAAAUGGGGCACCCAGGAACGAUGGGUGGACCACAGGGAGAUGGCGGCCAGUUUGGUGCACCUAGACCUGGAGGUCCAGGCAUGUAUAUGCCACGAGGUCCAGCCCCCCCUGGCCAGCCUGGCAGACCAAUGGGACCUGGCCCCAAUACUUCUCAGAUGACCAACCAAAUGGGAAAUAUGAACAUCUCGGGCCCUUCAAGGGGACCAGCCCCAGGCCAAAUGGGAGGCCCUCCCCGAAGUAGUAUCCCGGCUGGUUAUGGACCGCCUCCCGCUGGUAAGGGUCCUGCGCCUGGCAUGGCUCCUUCAGGCAACAUGCUCCCAGGAGGUCCCUCCAGUGGCUUGCAUCAACAGCCCCCAUCCUCCAGCAUGGCAGGACCUCAGAGAAUGUCUGGGCCUCCGAGCAGCAUGGCAGGACAGAGAAUGUCUGGGCCUCCGAGCAGCAUGGCAGGGCCUCCAAGCAGCAUGACAGGGACUCCUGGCAGCAUGACAGGGCCUCCGAGCAGCAUGGCAGGGCCUCCAGGCAGUAUGGCAGGGCCUCCGAGCAGCAUGGCAGGGCCAUCCGGCAUGGGUGGACCUCACGGAGCUAACGCUGGCUAUGGUCAGCCACCAGUCAGCUAUGGCCAGUCCCAACCAGGUCAGCAUCAAGCACCAGGCAGGGGUCCCACACCUACAUCUACAGCAGGGUUUGGAUCCCAGCCAUCAUCCACUGGGUAUGGCCAGCCUCCAUCUUCCAGCACUGGGUAUGGGGUUCCACCAGCCACAAGUGGUUAUGGCCAGCCUCCGAUAAGCAGCUUCAGCCAACCCCAAGGACAUCCUGGCUUUCCUCCCUCAGGGUCUGUUUCAAGCCAGCCAGGAAUGGUUGGAGGCAUGAGACCACCAGGGGGGCUGCCCCAAAUGCCAGGUGCCCCGCCCACUUCUUACAGUGGUAGCCCCCACCAGGGCCCACCUGGCUCAAUGGGAAUGGAUAGGAACACUCCAACAAGCUUUACUAGUCAACCUCCACAUGGAAUGAUGCACCAAGGAGGCCAACAAAGGUUUAGUGGUCCCCAGCCAGGACAGCCCGGACAGCCAGGGUUUCCGCCCCCACCUGGCGGCCAGCAGUACCAGCCCCCUCCCCCUCAUGCCCCUGGUGGCCAGUUUCCUGGAGCCCCACCCCAAGGCCAGUAUGGUCAGGGAUACCCCGGUGCCCCUGGACCCUCCUCUGGCAUGCAGCCAGCCAUGCAGCAACCCCCACAGAAGAGGCUAGACCCAGACCAGAUGCCUAGCCCUAUCCAGGUGAUAGAGGAUGACCGUCGCAGUCGGAGCGGUGUGUUCAGUACAGGAGGGAAGGGACCGGUGCCUCCUCUUGUCACCACACCCUUCAUUACACAGGAUCAAGGCAAUUGUAACCCUGCGUUCAUGCGGUCCACGAUGUACAAUGUGCCAUGUACAUCAGACAUGCUGAAGAACAGCCACAUCCCAUUCUCUCUAACAAUCUCACCCUUUGCCAGACUCCAGCCAGAGGAGAACCCGCCUCCUGUAGUUAACCUGGGUGAACUGGGUCCAGUGAGAUGUAAGCGCUGUAAGGCAUAUAUGAGCCCCGUUAUGAUGUUCAUCGAUGGAGGCCGCAGGUUUCAGUGUGUCUUUUGUGGGGCCGCUACAGAUGUGCCUAAUGAGUACUUUGCCCAUCUUGACCACACUGGCCGUCGAGUGGAUAGCUAUGACCGGCCAGAGCUCUGUCUCGGAUCGUACGAGUUUGUGGCUACCAAAGACUACUGUAAGAAUGGAGUUGUGCCAAAAGAACCAGCAUUUAUCUUCAUGAUCGAUGUCUCAUACAACUCUGUGAAGAGUGGCCUUGUGAACCUCAUUUGUGAGAGGUUGAAAAAGGACAUUCUCGUCAAUUUGCCAAAGGAUAUAGGAGCUGACGAGUCUGAGAUCCGGGUGGGCUUUGUCACCUACAGCAAGGAGAUACACUUCUACAAUGUCAAGGGUACACUUGCCCAGCCGCAGAUGUUGGUGGUGUCUGAUCUCGAAGACAUGUUUGUGCCGCUGCUGGAUGGCUUCCUCGUGAAACUCUCUGAGUCAGAAGCCGUCAUUGACAGCCUGCUGGCACAGAUCCCGCUGAUGUUUGCAGAGUCGCGGGAAACAGAGGUUGUGUUAGGCCCAGUGAUCCAGGCAGGCCUUGAUGCCCUUAAGUCAGCUGACCGCACAGGCAAACUGUACAUCUUCCACACCUCAUUGCCCAUUGGGGAGGCGCCGGGCAAACUUAAAAACAGGGACGACAGGAAACUGCUGGGGACUGACAAAGAGAAGACACUCCUGACACAGCAGUCCAAAUUUUACAGCCAGCUAGGCCAGGAAUGUGUAGCAGCAGGCUGUAGCGUAGACAUGUUCUUCUUUCCAAACUCAUACUGUGACGUUGCCACCAUCUCUGACGUGUGUAGACUCACUUCAGGCAGUCUGUACAAGUACAGCUACUUCCAGGGUGACCUGGAUGGGGACCGGUUUAUCGAGGACCUGAAGAACAAUGUGCAGAGUCAGCGGGCAUUUGAUGCCAUCGUCCGCGUCAGAACCAGCACAGGAAUUCGACCGGUUGAUUUCCUUGGGAAUUUCUACAUGUCCAAUACAACAGAUGUUGAAAUGUGUGCUAUAGACAGUAAUCAAGCUUUAGCUGUUGAGAUUAAACAUGAUGACAAGUUAAAUGAACAGGAAGGGGCGUACAUCCAAGUGGCUGUCCUGUUUACUAGUGUUAGUGGUCAGAGACGCUUACGCAUACACAAUCUUUCCCUAAACUGUUGUACUCAAUUAGCAGACUUAUUCAGAAACUGUGAAUUGGAUACUUUAGUGAAUUACAUGUCUAAGAUAGCGAUUAGAAACAUAUUAAACAAGUCGCCUAGGGAGACUCGGGAGCAAAUAAUGACAGAGGUGGCGAACAUCCUGGCCUGCUACAGGAAGAAUUGUGCCAGCCCGUCCUCUGCCGGCCAGCUAAUCCUUCCGGAGUGCAUGAAGUUGCUGCCCCUCUAUGGCAACUGCGUCAUCAAGAAUGACGGCAUACAGGGAGGCCAGGAGAUAUCUACUGAUGACCGUAGCUACCUAAUGCACCUUAUAAACUCUAUGGAUGUUAAGUCUUCCUGCGCAUUCUUCUAUCCCAGGCUUCUUCCUUUGCAUGACUUGGAUCCCAAUGGGACAGACAUGCCAGCAGCUGUCAGGUGUUCAUCCGAGAGACUGCAGGAUGACGGCGCCUACUUACUCGAAAAUGGAGUUUCCAUGUUUAUUUGGUUGGGCCAUAAUGUAGAUCCGGACUGGAUACAGAAGGUGUUUGGUGUCCAGAGUGCCGCCCAGAUAGAUAUUGAUAAGUGUCGCCUGCUGGAACUGGAAAAUGAGAUCUCCCACAGGGUGAGGCAAGUUGUUAAUGUGGUCCGCUCACAGAGAAACAGAUACAUGAAGUUAACAAUUGUGAGACAGCGUGACGAGUUGGAACGUUGGUUUAAUCACUUCCUGGUGGAGGACAAGAGUUUGAACGGCAGUGCCUCCUAUGUCGACUUCCUCUGUCAUAUACACAAGGAGAUACGCAACCUGCUGAACUAAACCUGCUUCACCUGAGGCACACAAACAUGCUGGGGACACACACAAUGGCAGGACAAUGAACUCAGACAAUGCAGCUCUGAUGAGAUAUAUUGGAGCAUUACUGUAUACAGUGAGAUGUAAAGGAUGCAUCAUGGACUGUUAGUUGACUAAACUGAGAAAAAAAUAUGUGAUAUAUUUGGAAAAGUGUCAUAAAAUUGUAUUGUAUUUGUCUGUUCAUCAGAUAAGAUAGAACACAUAAGUUGCCAAAGUAAUGACUCUUGUGUGCAUUACAAUCAUAAAAUGAAAUGAUAGACCAGAAGUUGAAACCGAAUAUUCUUGUUGUUAAUGUGAUUAAUUAUUCUGCUAAAGGUAUGUAAAAAACUCAUGUUUUUCAUGCACUGUAUGUGAGCGUGUGGUAUGUUCUUACAUAUGCAUUUAUAAGUGAUUUUCAUUAAAAAUUCUAUUUAUUCGAACGACAAUGUGGCUGUGCAAUAAUAAGGUGAUCAGUACAACAGUUGCAGAAAAUGAAGAGACGUCGAGAACAGAAGGAAAAAUCACAUAACAUUUUCAUAGCAUAUAGGAUGUGAAUUAUGCAGGUGUUAAUUGACUUAAGAUUUAAAAAAUAAUAAGUUGUUUUCUGUCUAGAAAAUCAAUGCUUUAGUGCUAGUCAUUUGAUGAUUUUAAUAUUUAUUUCCAUUUUGUACAUACAAACGAUUUUCAAACAAAGUACUACUCUUUACCCAUAGCUGGUAUAUUGUUGAGUUGAUCAGCAGCAUUCAGUUUUGUUGUUGUUGGGAAGUGGAAAAACAACUGUGACCAUUCAAUGCAGGCUUUCUGGUAUUUAGCUGAUUCCGCAUGCUAAGUGUAACAUUAGAAUAUAAUGAUAUCUUAUAUUACCAUACAGUAGCCUAGAAAUCUAACACUUGUUACGAAUGGGGCUAACUAUGUAUAAGACAUCUGUUUAUAGGUUGAUGAGGCAGGAUCCUAAUUCUUCCACUGAAUGCUUAUUUUAUUCGUUAAAUAGUGAAAAUUAAAGUUUAAUCUGACUUUUGUCUUUAUAGAAUAACUGUGACUGUGUGAUUUGCUGAGUGGUUGUUGACAAAAUUUAAUUAAAUGGAUGCUGAUCAUUUUUCAUUGUGGUUGAUUUUGCAAAAUAUGGACAAUGUGUUCAGUCAUAGAUUACUUUUAAAUUGUAUUUACACAAUUCAUAUUCAUAUAUGGUUACAUUCUUAAUUUAAACAAAUAAGCAAAUAGUAGAUUUUUUUAUUGGAGCUAUUAUUAAUUAAUUGGAAUAACUAAAGACUUAUUUUAAUGCUAUUGACAACAGUUUCAUUGCCGGAAGUUAAAUGUGUAUCACAUUUAUUCUGGAUGAAGACAUGAACAAUUUGAAUUGCUUGCAUUAUUCAUUAUACAUGCAUCUAUUGAACAAUGUAUCAAAUCAGAAAAUUGUAUCAUUGUAGUUGUACAUUAAGGUAUUCACAGUUGCACUGUUUAAAUGAUUUUGAAGGUGAGCUGUACUUGUUACGGAUGUUUUAUUAUGGAACUAGGACUAAUAUGCAUCAAAAUGAAAUAAACCAUUUGUUUGAUGAUGUC